CCCAAACCGACGCGGGGCCGGAUGCGGAUCCACUCGUUGGAGAACGUGGACAAGGCGCUGCAGUUCCUCAAGGAGCAGCGGGUGCACCUGGAGAACGUGGGCUCCCACGACAUCGUGGACGGCAACCACCGCCUCACCCUCGGCCUCAUCUGGACCAUCAUCCUCCGCUUCCAGAUCCAGGUGAUCAAAAUCAAGACCGAAGACAACCGGGAGACGCGCUCGGCCAAGGAUGCCCUGCUGCUCUGGUGCCAGAUGAAGACGGCGGGCCGCGCGGGCGACCCACCCCUCUCCCACCAGGUUCUGGAUCAGGCCAUGGAGAUCGAGGCCAUCAUCGAGCGGUACGAGGCGCUGGCGGCCGAGCUGCUGGCCUGGCCUGACCCGGCGCUGCCACCCCGCAGGUUCCAGGAGAAGGGGAACCUGGAGGUCCUGCUCUUCACCAUCCAGAGCAAGCUGCGGGCCAACAACCGCAAGCUCUACGUCCCCAGCGAGGGCAAGAGCAUCUCCGACAUCAAUAAGGCUUGGACCCGCCUGGAGAAGGCAGAGCACGAGCGGGAGGUGUCGCUGCGCAACGAGCUGAUCCGGCAGGAGAAGCUGGAGCUGCUGGCCCAACGUUUCGACCACAAGGCCGUCAUGAGGGAGACGUGGCUGAACGAGAACCAACGCCUGGUCUCGCAGGACAACUUCGGCUAUGACCUGCCGGCAGUGGAGGGCGGCAUGGAGAAGGAUGGGCAAAGAGACAUCUCCUCCUACCAAGAGCGCAUCCAGGUGGUGGUGGAGCUGGCCCUGGAGAUGGAGUCCGAGGGCUACUACGACACCAAGCGCAUCAGCGCCCAGAAGGACAACAUCCUCCGGCAGUGGGGGCUGUUGACUGAGCUGGUCCGCGCCCGCCGCGCCCGCCUCGAGCAGAACCUGGCCCUCCAGAAGAUCUUCCAGGAGAUGGUCUACAUGAUUGACUGGAUGGAGGAGAUGCAGGUGCUGCUGGUCUCCAAGGAUUUGGGGAAGCAUCUUCUGGAGGUUGAGGACCUGCUGCAGAAGCACGGGCUGCUGGAGGCCGACAUCUCCGCCCAGACCGAGCGGGUGCAGGCGCUCAACGCCGCUGCGCUCAAGUUCUCGGAGCUGGAGGGCUACCAACCCUGCGACCCCCAGAUCAUCUGCAACCGGGUCAACCACGUCCAGACGUGCCUGGAGGAGCUGGGGGAGCUGGCGGGCAAGAGACGCAAGGAGCUGGAGGACUCCCGCCAACUCUGGGCCUUCUUCCAGGAGAUGGAGGAGGCCGAGGCGUGGAUCCGCGAGAAGGAGCAGAUCCUGGCCGCCAAGACCUGCGGCCGGGACCUGAGCAGCGUCUUGACGUUGACCAACAAGCACAAGAGCAUGUUGGGCGAGCUGGGCAGCCGACGGGCGCUGUUGCACCAGGCCAUGAAGAGGGGCGAGCAGAUCUUGGCCAAGAAACGCUUCAGCCCCGGCGGGAUCCAGGAGAAGAUGCGGGAGGUUCGCCUCCGCUGGAAGAAGCUGGAGGAGGUGACGGGGUUGCACCAGCAGCGCUUGCAGGAGGCCCUCAACUUCUUCCAGUUCAGCGCCGAGACGGACGACUUGGUGGCCUGGUUGCAGGACACCUACCGCAUCGUCUCCAGCGACGACUUUGGCCACGAUGACUAUUCCACCCAAGCUCUCCUGCGGAAGCACCGGGCGGUGGUGGAAGAGGUGGAGAAGCACCGGGCGGCCGUGUUGGCCCUCCGGAAGCAGUUGGCUCUUCUGGCGCCCGAGCAUCGUCAAGGGGUUGACGUGCAGAUCCGGGUGGUGGAGGUGGAGCAGCUCUACGGGGAGGUGGCCGAGGUGGCCGUGCUGCGGCAGCAGUGGUUGCAGGACGCCUUGGCCGUCUACCGUAUGUUCAGCGAGGUGCACGCCUGCGAGGUCUGGGUGGACGAGAAGGAGCAGUGGUUGGAGAGGAUGGAGGUGCCGGAGGAGCUGGAUGAGGUUGAGGUGGUCCAGCAUAGGUUUGAGAGCCUGGACCAGGAGAUGAACAGCGUCAUGGGACGGAUCUUGGACGUCAACCAGGUGGUGCAGCAGUUGGUGGACGGGGGCCACCCCAGCUCGGAGGAGGUCCGCUCCUGCCAGGACCACCUCAACAGCAGGUGGAACCGGGUGGUGGAGCUGGUGGAGCGCAAGAAGGGCCAGCUCAGCUCCGUCCUGAAGAUCCAGAACUACCUGCUGGAGUGUGGCGAGAUGAAGGCGCAGGUGCGGGAGAAGAGAAAAGCCAUCGAAGCCACGCAGUCCGGUGGCGGCGACCUGGGCGGCGUCUUGGCCUUGCAACGCCGCCUCUCCACCAUGGAGGCGGCUCUGGUGGUCUUGGAACCUCGGUUGGUGGAGCUUCAGCGGGAAGGGGAAGCCUUGGCUGCCUCCCACCCCGGCAGAGCCCUGGAGAUCCUGCUGCCCUUCGAGCAGAUCAGCGAGGAGUGGGAGGCCCUGAAGCGGGCGCUGCAAGGUUGCGAGGACUCCUUGACCGUCGCCGGUCGCUUGCAGCAGUUCAUCCAAGACUUGGACAACUUCCUCGGUUGGUUGGUGAAGACUCAAGCGGCCGUCGCCUCCGAGGAGGUGCCCGAUAGCUUGGCCGAAGCGGAGAGGUUGUUGAACCAACACGCGGCCCUCAAGGAGGAGAUCAACGGCUACGAGGAGGACUACGCCAAGAUCCAGGCGGCCAGCGACCUGCUGGCCUUGGAGGAGACGGAGGUCCCCUACCUCUCGUUGCAGCAGUGGUUGCAGAAGCUGGACGCGGGCUGGGGCAAGCUGCUGCAGAGCUGGGAGACGCGGCGAGAGGUGCUGGUGCAAUCUCACGUCUUCCACCUCUUCCUCCGGGAUGUCCAACAAUGCGAGACCAGCCUCUACAACCAGGAGUCCACCCUGGUCCACGCCGAGCUCCCCGACACGGUGGAAGGGGUGAACAACGCCAUCAAGAAGCACAAGGACUUCACCACCACCAUGGACCUCAACCUGCAGAAGAUCCAGCUGGCCCUACAGGCCGGCGAGAGCCUCCUACUCCAGGAGAAAUUCCUGGAGUUCGCCAGCGAGACGGGCAGCGUCGGGCAGGAGCGGAUCGCCGCCGUCAACCAAAUGGUGGACGAACUGAUCGACUACGGGCACGCCGACGCCGCCACCAUCGCCGAGUGGAAGGACGGGGUGAACGAAGCUUGGGCGGACCUUCUGGAGCUGAUGGAGACCCGGGCCCAGAUGUUGGCGGCUUCCCACGAGUUGCACAAGUUCUUCAACGACUGCAAAGAGGUUUUGGGGCAAAUUGAGGAGAAACGGCAACGCCUGCCCGAACUGGCAGCCCGUGAGGGCAGGACGUCGGCCGGCGCCUUGCAACGGGCGUUGGGUGCCUUCGAGCACGACGUGGAGGUGUUGGUGACCCAAGUCCGGCAGCUACAAGAGGGUGCGGCGCAGCUGAGGACCCUCUACGCCGGGGACAACGCCGAGGCCAUCGCCGGGAGGGAGCAGGAGGUGCUACGGGCAUGGAAGGAGCUCUUGGCGGCGUGCGAGGAGUGCCGGCUCCACGUCGCCAGCGUCGCCGAUAAGAUCCGCUUCGUCGGCACCGUCAGAGACCUCCUCGCCUGGAUGGACGGCAUCCUCUGCCAGAUCGGCGCCGGAGAGAAGCCCAGGUAG